GUCUAUUUUAACCGCAGGACGACUAAGCUGGUAGUCGCCAUGGCUGCAUCCUGGCCGGAGAUUCUGUCGGAGCUGGCCCCCUCUGAUGACCCAAAUUUGGAUUGGUUUGAGAAGUCGGAAGAAACUCAUGCUCCCCAGGUAGAUCUGGAGACCGUCAUCACAUCGGCCCAGGAACCGUCCAAGCCUUCGGAGCCCUUUUGCCCGAGAGACUUGGUGCCGGUGGUAUUUCCUGGGCCCGUGAGCCAGGAAGGCUGCUGCCAGUUCACUUGUGAACUUCUAAAGCAUAUCAUGUACCAACGCCAACAGCUCCCUCUGCCCUAUGAACAGCUUAAGCACUUCUACCGAAAAUCAUCUCCCCAGGCAGAGGACACAGCAAGGAAGAAACCUCGAGUCACCACUGAGGUGAGCAGCAGGAAAUGUCAACAAACCCUGGCAGAACUGGAGUGUGUCCUUGGUCACCUAAAAGACUUCUUUGCCCGAACACUAGUACCGCGAGUGUUGAUCCUUCUUGGAGGCAAUGCCCUCAGCCCCAAGGAGUUCUACGAACUCGACUUGUCCAGGCUGGCCCCCUUCAGCGUGGACCAGAGCCUGAACACAGCAGCUUGCUUGCGUCGUCUCUUCCGAGCCAUCUUCAUGGCCGACGCGUUCAGUGAGCUGCAGGUUCCUCCGCUCAUGGGCACCAUUGUCAUGGUGCAGGGGCACCGUGACUGUGGGGAAGACUGGUUCCGACCCAAGCUCAACUACCGCAUACCCAGCCGGGGCCACAAACUCACUGUGACCCUGUCCUGUGGCAGACCUUCCGUCCCAACCGUGGCUUCAGAGGAUUACAUUUGGUUCCAGGCACCAGUGACACUUAAAGGUUUCCACGAAUGAAUGAAUGAAGACAGUGGCUGGGUUCUCUCCCCCUGUGCUACCGAGGCACCCUUCUCUUAUUUGGAAUUGAAGCUGCUUCCUGGUGAGGGAAGAAGGCUCUGUCCUGGCUGUGUGCCUCUUCUCCUCAGACUUCCUGGUGACCGAUGAUGCUUGGCUGUGUCUGAGGUACUCAUCAAGCAAAGUCCCCGAAUCAACGAUUGACUCCCAGAGGCCCCUGGGCCAGGUGGUUCUGUUUGAGAUUACAAAGCACAGAUGGGUCAGUAGACUCGCAUGGAGUUGGCCCUUCUCUGCUUUGUGCUAUGACUUUCCCGAACUGUAACCAGGGUCGUAAUGUGGGUGUGACUCAUGAAUUUAAAUAAGAGAUGAAUGGAUUUGUAUUAAAAUUUCCUAACACUUUUGACUUAGA